UCUCUCUCUCUCUCUCUUCCUUGUUUCCUUCUCUAACUUGCCUAUGUUCAAACCUCAAACAAUCCAAUGAACUCCCACAUUUCAAAAUCCAAACUUUCUCCUUCAUUCUUACUCUCUGAAGCAUCAAGCUCUACCAGCAGCGAAACUGAAGAAGAAACCAGUCCCUUUUCGUCCAACCAAUUUUCCAAAUCCUCGUCACAUCGUCCAUUGGCCAUUCUUUCAGGCCACGUUGCCUCUGUUUCUUGCUUGUCUCUGACUGGACAGUUCAUACUAAGUGCCUCUCAGAGCAACGACAUCAUUGUAUGGCAACAGCACCAACAAGAUUUCAGACUUCUCACAAAGUUCGGACAUGGAGAUGGGUCGGUGAAAUCCCUAGUCACGGUCGGAAACAAGAUCUUCUCAGCUCAUCAAGAUGGGAAAAUCAGAGUUUGGAAGGUUUCUAGGAGGAGCUCAGAGAAUGUGUUCAAGUUAGUUGAAACUCUGCCGACAACGAAGGAUUAUUUGGGGAAAUUCAUGAAACAGAGUAACUAUGUCCAAACAAGAAGACACCACAAGCAUCUGUGGAUUGAGCAUUCAGAUAGCAUCUCAUGCUUGACGGUCUGUAAUGGUUUGAUCUAUUCUGGGUCAUGGGACAAGACCCUGAAGGUGUGGAAGCUAUCAAGCUUCAAGUGCUUAGAAUCCAUUAAAGCUCAUGAUGAUGCCAUUAAUGGGUUAGUAGCUUGUAAAGGGGUUGUUUAUUCUGCUUCUGCAGACGGAAAAAUCAAAGCUUGGGGAAGAAAAGUGGUGAAGAAGAACAAGAAGAAGAUCUCACAUUGUUUAAAAGGGGUUUUGAAGUGUCAUAAAGAUUCAUCCUUUAAUUGUGUGGCUGUUUCUGAAGAUGGGAAAUGGAUAUAUGGAGGCGAUUCUACUGGUUUUAUAAUGGAAUGGGGAGAAUUGAAGAAUUGAUCACUCAAACCAACUCACUUGGUACAACUGAGUAUUUGACAAAUCAAUGUCUUCACCAAUUCAAUGAAUCAUGGAAGCUUGUAUAUGUGACAAGAGCGCAUGAAAUGGCAGUUUUGUGCAUGUGUUUAAAACGGGAAACUUUGUUUAGUGGAUCAUCAGAUAAGAGUAUAGGAAUUUGGAAGAGGGAGGGAUCUAGUGGGAGGAUUUGUAAAAUUGGGGUAAUAAGUGGACAUGAAGGGCCAGUGAAGUGUUUGCAGGCAUGUUCGAGUAGUACAAGUGAUGGUGGCUUUUUGCUUUAUAGUGGAAGCAUGGACAAGAGCUUGAGAGUUUGGUGGGUUCAUAUGAACAAAGAGGAAGAAACAGAGGAAAGCUUUAGUGCUGUUGAAUCAAGACCAGUGAAUGAAUCUUUAAUUUUCUGUUAAGAAGCUGAUAGUAAUAAGAUCUGAUCAUUUCCUUAUUUCUUACUUUUUUAAAAAAAAAAAUUUGUAGUUAUAUAAUUUUAUGUGUAGGGAAAAAUAAUAUGAAUCAGUGCAAAA